AUGCCGAACACGAGGCCGCUGAGCUUGGCAUCCGCCUCGGCCUCCGACAGCGGGCCGAAGGAGCAGCUCGCCAACUCGCCCUCGGCGUCUUCCUGCUCGCACUCCUCCCACGCGCGCAACUCCGACGAGUCCUCGGCUGACGAGUCGCCCGCCUCGCCGAAGCCAAACGCCCUCCGCGUCGCGGACAACUCCGACGACCUCGACGUCCAUGAGGUCGUCCCGCACGCGGCGGCUGAAGCUCCUGUCCACAUCCUGCUCGAACUCCUCCUGCGCGUGCAGCUCCGACGAGGCCUCGACUGA